UGCAAUGACUCCAGUGAGAUUGUCAUUUCCACAUAUUUAUUGUAUCAUAUUAAUAUAGAACUGUUUUUUCCGACCAAACGAACAUGUAAUUAAUGUUGUUGCAUUGUACUGUAAAUAAUGAUAAUUGAAUUGGUUCAAUUAGGAAGAAAAAUAAGUCAUAAUAGGAAUCUGAAUGGGGUGACAAAAUUCUACCAAACCUAUAGGAACCAAUCUGAUUACUUUUGAAUCCCAAUAGGAAAAAAAGAAUGUAGUCCAAUAGGGAGGGGACAGGGGACACAAAACCCUAUAGGAUUCGAUUGGAAAAAAUCGCUAAUCCUUUAGGAUUCUUUUGACUAGGGCAUUGUUGUUCCAUAACAUUGUCAUGGAACAUAUGAAUGUUGUUUCCAACUACCAAACAGCAACUGCGCCGUAAAUCCGUUUGCAUAUUGAACGUUUAGAUUGCCAAAAGGCCAGUCUCUGGCAAGGGGUGGAAUAUGAGCUAAAAAGACUGGUACCCAGAUUAGCGAUCUGCAGCUACUCUUCUCGUUUCUGACUGUUCCGUACAUAUGCAUUCCAAAUUACGUUUACUAUUACUACGAUCAAUUACGUCACAAAGGUAACUCAGUGAUUGAAUGCGCAUCACCCUGGCGCUUCAAAACUGUCGGGACAUAGUUCGGGAUGUAGCGCUUUUGGGUUUUGCAUGUUACAGUUAUGGCCUACACCAUGAAGUAAAAAUAUGGAUAACGACACUUUUGUGGAUCCCAUUCUUCCAAGUGAGGGUCCUGCAAAAGUCGCAAAAUUGAUCAGAGUGAAUGAAGGGAACAGUCAGGAAAAGAAAAAGUCUUCGAAGUCAAAAAACACCUCUCCGGAUAACCCUAAACUGAAGAAGACAUCCAAAUCAUCUAAACCGAAAACAGAGCUUGAUGAAGAGGAGUCGAGUCCAAAGGCAAGGGGUAUCGUGAAGUGCACCAAGGCGGUAGUCAUCGAUAUCGGUACAGGAUACCUGAAAACUGGGUUUGCUGGGGCAGAUGCGCCCACCUGUGUAAUUCCCAGUGUUGUGGGUUUGGCGCGCAAAAGCCCCUUGGAUUACAAGCACGGCUAUGUGGGGAGGGAAAUUCUAGAAACACUAGACAUAUCCCACGUCAGCCCGGUGCAUAACGGCAUAGUAACAGAAUGGGAUGCAAUGGAGAGACUGUGGGAAUACUCGUUCAAAACGCUGGGUAUCCCAAGCGAGGAGCACGCCGUGCUUUUGAGUGACCCUCCUCUUAGUCCGACCACCAACAGAGAAAAACUCGCCGAAAUCAUGUUCGAGAGCUUCAGCACUCCAGCAAUGUUUAUUGAAAACCAGUCCGUUUUAUCCAUGUAUUCCUAUGGCAGAACUAGCGGACUGGUUUUGGAAUGCGGGCAUGGAUGCUCUUACGCAGUUCCCAUUGAUGACGGCCACUACAUGCCAAGUUACACCUGUCGUGCAGAAUAUGCAGGACGAAGCCUUGACCUUUACUUGCAGAAGUUACUGCAGGAGUCUGGAAAAGGGUUCUCUUUUGACAAAUUGGGCCUAAUGGAUGACAUCAAGGCAAAAUGUUGCUAUGUAGCCCCUGAUAUAGACAUUGAAUUAAGAGUUUGUGACAUGGUGCAAUACAAGCUUCCAGAUGGGAAUUAUAUCUCAUUGGGAAAUGAGCGCUCUCUUUGUCCAGAGGUGCUAUUCCAACCAAAUCUGAUUGGAUCCCUUGAGCCAGGACUUCCUAUUAUGGUUAUGAACUGUAUCAAUAAAUGUGACAUCAGAUUGAAGAGUGACAUGCUACAGAAUAUCCUAAUAUGUGGUGGCUCCACAAUGUUCAGUGGUCUUCCUGAACGGCUGCAGAGCGAGCUCAACCAGAUAGCACCAUGUGGUGGGACUACCAUUGUGGCAUCCCAGGAGCGUCAAAACACUGUGUGGCUUGGAGGUUCAAUUCUUGCCUCCCUGUCCUCUUUCCAGUCACUUUGGAUUCGGAGGAAAGACUAUGAGGAGAAAGGGCCCUUUGUCAUUUAUCGAAAAUGUUUCUGAAAGCUACUUAUCAAUGUGACUUUAAGGUUGGCAAAUGAAACAGUAAAUGAACUAAAUUGAACUAUGAACUU